UCGCUCUCUGUUCGCUGAAGCUCUCCCGUGACCGCUCGCUCGCUCUCUCUCUUCACACACCACACACACACACAGCUGCGUGUGUGUGUGUGCGUAUAGCGUAACACAUUGCUCUGUCGGGAGCGGCGCGAUCGUGCGGGCGAAGAAACGGCGGCUUGUGCGCAGAGGACGGACGGACGGACGCCUUCAAUAGAGAAGUGGGGGGGGGGUCUCUUUGCGGUCGCUGUCCCUGGUGCUGAAACAACACGGGCGAAAGCCAUGCCCUCUGAGACGAUGCCCUCCUCAUCCGCCGCCGCGUGGUGGCACUGCGUGGCCUGCGUCGUUGCCCUUCUGGCCACGUGCGUCUCAAGCAUCCCACUCACGUCACCCCAGGCUCACAAGUACUUCCACCCGCAACAACAACAACAACAGCAGCAACAACAACAACAGCUGCUGUCCAUGACAGCCGCGCAACCGCUAGCGUACGCCUCGGUCUCCACCACCCACCGGGCCGGCUCCCUGGAUGAGCCUUCGUCCAGAAGUUUGUCCGAGGAGGAGCUCCUCAAGACGCUGAGCGCUUUGCAGGCGCUGGAAGAAGAAGGCGAGGUGCUCGCCUACCUCGCCAGCCUCCGCUCCGGCUCGCGGGGCCGCCAGGCGCAGCGCGAGGUCGCCACCUCCGAGUCCAUGCUCGAGUCUCUGCUGCUCGAGGCUCUGGCCAGGAGAGACCAGGGACUGCAGACUCGGCAGGUGGAACAGGAGGAGGACGAGAAGCAGCAGCAGCAGGAGGAUGAUGAUGAUGAGGAGGAGGAGGUGGUGAGGGAGAUGCUGGCAGGCCAGCCACGGAGGAUGCCUCGCCACGGCAGAAUCUUCUCGCCGCUCUACAGCCAGAAGAGCCGCUCGGACGGGCUCGGUGUUGAGAACGGAGAUGACGAUAUCGACGACGAUGGUGGUGAGGAGGAGGACAUUGGUGGUGGAGCUGCUGCGACCGGCAACGCUGGCUACGGUGACGAUGGCGCGGUGGAGGAGGAACUGGAGGAGAAUCGAGCGGCGCGCUGGAGAUCUGGCGGCAACAACGAGGAGGACGAGGAGGACGAGGAGCGUGAAGCCAACGGCGGCGAGGAGGAGGAGGAGGACGAGGAGGCGGGAGAGGCGCGGGAUCUACUCCAACUUCUGGAGGCGCUCCAGGGUCGCGGCACGAGGCAGAGCGAGGGCCGUGGAGGAGGAGGAGGAGUGGGCCGGCAGGCGAGCGAAGCGGCGGGAGCGGAGGACGUGAGGUCCGUGGCCGUGAUGGAGGCGCGUCGCCGCAACGACAAAGCGGUCGGCCAGAGGCCGCGCUUGCUGAAGCAGCAGCAGCAGCAACAACAGCAGCAGCUGGACAGGGAAGAUGAAGAGGCUUUGGAUCAGGCUGCCAAUCUGCUGCUGCACUUCGCCCUGCAAGCCGGAGAGAAGGAGAACUCAGCGCCUCCUCCUCGGUCCCGUGGUCCCAACGCUGCACCGCGCCCGAGGCCUCCGUAUCCUGGCCAGGCCCGAGGGGAACGGCCUCCGAUGUCCAAGGGGCGCGUGGAGGGAAGGCACCGCCCGAGACCUGCUCACGACGGGGACCAGGAGGAGCAGGAGGAUGAGGAGCGCACAGCGGAACUGGAGAACCUCGUGAAGCUGCUGCUGCUACAAGAGGCUGAAGGAGAAGGCCGUGAUGGUGGUGGUGGUGCUGGUGACGACGACGAUGCUGAUGCUGAUGAUGGUGGUGGUGCUGUUGAGAAGCAGCAGCAGCAGAGGCAGAGAGGAGAUGGUCAGGGUCGGAGUAAAGCGACCGGCAAGGGCGUUGGGUCGUCAGCUCGCACCGCCGCCUGGCAGGAGGCACCUGCUCAAGGACGCCACGGGCCCAAGGAUCACAAGCGCGGUGGGGCGAUGGACGAGGAAGGCGACGCGGCAGCGGCGGAGGAGGUUGAGGAGGUUGAGGAGGAGCAGGGCUUGGAUCGGGCAGCGAAGUCUCGGCAGUCGGCGAAGGAGGGGGAGGAGGAGAGAGGUGAUGGAGAGGGAGGGAGGUCGGAGGAGGAGCACGCGGCUGAAGAGGAGAAACGGGACAACGAGAUCCUCCACGAGCUGCUGCAGUACCUCAAGCUGGACGAGGAAGGUCGACUCGAGGAGAGUCAACCUCCUCCACCACCUCCUCCUCCUCCUCCACAUCGGCUCGACGCUCCUCGUUCGGCGGACGACGACGCUCGAAUCGUUGAAGAACUUUCAAAGUUCAUCAUCGACGACGGUGGUGACGACGACGACGAUGACGACGACGACGAUGUAGAAGACACGGUGGAGGUGGAAGACCUCGAGGAGGAGGAUGAUGGCGACGACGACGACGACGAUGAUGAUGGCGAUCGCCGCAAGCGAGUCUCGCCCUCGUAUCGCCAGCAGAAGGGCCACGGCCCCAGCGUGGAGCCGCGUCUGGACCUGGAGGGCCUCCUAGUGGAGCUCCUCCAGGGGGCCGCGCGCGUUAAAGGGGACGGGGCGGGCGAAGUUUCUCGCUACGCGUCGGCGCCAUCGUAGGGAGCCGGCGAUCGCGAACGAAUCGAUGAAUAAAGGCAUUUGACAUAUAACCUCGCAAUGUAAACGUGACGAUGAUAAGUUCUGAUGGUCGUGGGAGUCUGUGGGUGGGCGGUCGGGUGGGGUGAGGGGGGCUUUGGUUGCUCCGAUAGAGACUUCUUCUUGUCGCCCACUUGGAUAGGAGGGACGUCUCGCUCAUCCUCCUAUGCAAUUGUGGGAACAGGGAGGUCUAUGGAUGGGACCCCAUUUCUUUUUGUUUUGUAUCACUGGCGAUGACACGGUUGCUGCACAGAUGUCGCCACCAAUUCUUAGAGUACGGUAUAUAUACAUACAGUACAGGCAUGCACAUACAAAGAUAAAGACAAAGGUCCCCCCACCCUCCAUAUUGUCGUAACAGGCUGUCGGGGCAAGUGUUGUUUGCGAGAACCCAUCAAGGCAUACGUACCUACCAAAAGACAAAGUCCCAUAUAUACAUACGUUCUCAUCGGCUAACUCUGGCGCACACAAACCGGGCAACACACACACACGCGAAAAAACACGCUCGCGCCUAACAGCGGGGACGUGCAGAAAACGAGCUCGUUCGAGACUCGAAAAAAACCCAUCGCGACCUCCUUCUUAGCUGCGGCAUUACUCCUCGAAGCCACUGGGUGGCGAGCGGCAGUAGACCUCAAAAUUGGAAUUUAGCGCACAAAGACAAAGCUCUCCUGUGUAGGCUGAACAGACUGUCGGGGCAAGUGCGGCUAGCGAGCGCCUAUGAAGGCCGGCACGGCGCGCGAGGGGGGUGGGUGGCCAGCAACCACGCCCGACCGCCUUUGUCUCCCCAGUGGCGAUGAUGUUAAUCAGACUCGGGUCGCCAGGUUCGUAGCGCGCCACGCGGCUCCACACAUCUCACACACCACUCUCUCAAGCCUGUCAUAACAGAAUGAUAGAUACAUCUCUAGAGCAUUCCGGGUGUACUUCCAUCUAGCCCCCCCCUCCUCCUCCAUCCCCCUCCGCCCCCUCCCCGAAUUUCGGAGAUUAAAUCGAUAACAGCUCCGAGGAAACAAUCGAUAAAACGACAACGACGUAAAUUGUUUCACUUGAGAUCACAAGGACAGGCGCUGUCGAAUCUGUCCAUCACCUGCCGUGGAAGUUUGUCGACCACACGCGCACACAACAAAGACAAAGACAAAGAUCCCCCGUGUAGCCUGUAACAGACUGUAGGGGCAAGUGCUGUUAGCGAGCACCUAUGAAGGCCGGCACGGCACACGAGGGAGGUGGGUGGCCGGCCCCCUUUGUCUCCCUAGUGGCGAUGUUUACACACCGCUCCAGGUACUCAUUUGAGGCUGAGUCGACCUAGGGGCGGCCCAGGACCGGUUCAGAUAAUCAUCACUGGUGGUGUUGGCCGUGAGCGGGAAUCGAACUCGGGUCGCCGGGUUUGUAGAGCAGCGCGCUAACUGCUACACCACCGCUCCUCACACACACACACACGCGUACACACACACAGACACACGUACACAUGCAGACACACGUACACACACACGCGUACACACAGACACACGUACACACGUACACACACACGCGUACACACACACAUGUACACACACACAAACGUACACACAAACGUACACACACACACGUACACACAGACACACGUACACACACACGGACACACACACAAACGUACACACACACGGACACACACACAAACGUACACACAAACGUACACACACAAACGUACACACACACAGACACACAUGUUAGCGUCGUCAGUCACCAUCUCUGCUCUAUCCACUGCUGGACGCACACUACACUACACGCACAACAAAGACAAAGGUCCCCCGUAUAGCCUUCAACACGCUGCUGGAGGCAAGUGCUGUGAGCGAGCGCCUACGAAGGGCGGCACGGCGCGCGCGAAUGGGGUGGUGGUUGGGUUGUGGCCAACAGCACGACCCGGCCGCCUUUGUCUCCCCACGGCUGAUGUUAACAGCACACCAGGUAAUCAUCAUUUAAGGCUGAGUAGAUCUAGGGGAGAGCCGGGCUCGGUUCAGAUAUUCGACACUGAUGUUAGCCGUGAGCGGAUAAUCGAAUUUAUGUCCGCCCGGGUUUCGUAGCGCAGUUCACGAGCAAACUCCCCUGCCGCUCCCCACAAGACAAAGAUCCCCCGUAUAGCCUUAGCGGACUCUCGGGGCAAGUGCGAUUAGCGAGUAGCACCUAUGAAGGUGACUGCUCCCCUACAGACAGACACACACAAUAUACACACAAGUGCACUAUACAAAACACAGCUGUGCGUACACACGGACACGAAUGUACACACACAUCAGCUCAUCGCAUCCCCGGCGUGUUCGCUCCUUUGACUGCCACUCCUUCGCUAGUCUCGUGGUAUCCGGACAUCUUCUUCCAUGGCGAGAGGGACGCCACUGUGGCGAGGAGAUGUUGACUACCUCGCCUGGUAUACAGGGGGGAGGGGGGGGGGGGUCGUGGGUUCGAUCCCGACCCUGACGCCUGCUGUAUAUUUGGAGUUUGCGUCUCUCUCUCAUCAUCACGGUGGCUGUGAGAUGUUGACUACCUCGCCUGGCAUACAGGAAGGGGGGGGGGGGGGUCGUGUGUUCGAUCCCGACCCUGACGCCUGCUGUAUAUUUGGAGUUUGCGUCUCUCUCUCAUCAUCACGGUGGCUGUGAGAUGUUGACUACCUCGCCUGGUAUACGGGGGGGGGGGGGGGUUCGUGGGUUCGAUCUCGACCCUGACGCCUGCUGUAUAUUUGGAGUUUGCGUCUCUCUCUUCAUCACGGUGGCUAGGAGAUGUUGACUACUUCGCCUGGUGUAUAGGAAGUCGCGGGUUCGAUCUCGACCCUGACGCCUGCUGCUGUAUAUUUGGAGUCUGCGUGUCUCGCGUGACGAUGAUCCACUUCCUUGAGCUGUCGUUUGGAGCCGAGCCGCUUCUGAAAAAGAGCCACACAGCUGAGUUGGGGGCCUUACCUUGGUAAAAUACACAAAACACACAAGAAGUGAAACAGACGGAUUUGUUCUGGAAUCCACGUGCUCCCCCCCCAUCUCUUUCUGGACCGUGUCUCUCAUGUGGAAUUGCCUAACAAGCACAAGACUAAGAUCCCCCGUGUAGCCUUGACAGACUCUAGGGGCAAGUGCUGUUAGCGAGAAUCUAUGAAGGCCGGCACGGAUCCACGAGGGGGUGGGUGGCCAGCACCACGCCCGGCCGCAUUCGUCUCCCCAGUCGCGAUGUUUACACACCGCACCAGGUACUCAAUUGAGGCUGAGUCAACCUGGGGGAGGCCCAGGACCGGUGUUCGCCGUGAGCGCGAAUCGAUCACGGCACUUGCCCCAACAGACAACAGACACACACACACACCGACACACACACCGACACACACUCUCACACACACACACACACACUUUCACACACUCUCUCACACACAGACUCUUACACACACUCACACACACACUCUCACACACACUCACACACACUCAUAAACACACUCUUACACACACACUCACUCACACGCUCACACACACUCUCACUCACACAUACACUCACACACUCUCUUACACUCUCACACACACUCACACACUCUUAAACACACACUCUCACUCACACGCUCACACACACUCUCUCACACACUCUCACACACACACACUCUCACACACUCUCACACACUCUCACUCACACUCUCACACACAGUCUCACACACACUCUCCACGCUUCUAUGCACACUUCUCAGCUUUCGUUCCGUCAUGUGUCUGUAGCCGCGUCUCUGCUCCGUCGCACGUCAUCGUGGGGCCACGUGCGACGAUUUGAAGCCUCCUCCAUCCCGUGGGUCCGUGGGGAUCCUCGGCCGCUCUGUCGACGUUCCGAACCCAGUCCCGUCCGCAUGGCUACGAAGCGAGAAGAUCACGUGAUUAUUUUGAGGGUUACAUUUUCCUUUCAAGACAUCCCGAUAUUCAUUGUGAAAACGGAAUGUUAUCGUUUAAAAAGUGCCUGUUGUGGUUGUAUAAGUAUAUAAUGGUCUGUUAACGUGAACAUGUGUGUGUGUGUGUAUGCACAUGAGACAGUACAGGAUACGGAAUUGUCCGGAUUAUAAGACGCAACCCCAAACCGCGUGCCGUGUGUGAAUAAAGUACCUGAGAUCCUGUCUCACACACACAAAGACAAAGAUCCCCCCCCCACCGUGUAGCCUUCACAGACUGUUGGGGUAAGUGCUGUUUGCGAGCAGCACCUAUGAAGGCCGCCACGGGAUACGAGGGGGUGGGUGGCCAGCACCACGCCCGACCGCCUCUGUCUCGCUCAUUUGAGGCCGAGUAGACCUAGGGGAGGCCCAGGACCGGUUCAGAUAAUCGUCACUGGUGUUGGCCGUGAGCGGGAAUCGAACUCGGGUCACUGGGUUCGUAGCGUGACGUGCUAACCGCUACACACUCUCACACACACUCACACUCUUACACACACUCACACACUCACACUCUUACACACACUCACACACUCACACACUCUCACUCACACACUCACACACACUCUCACACAUACACUCACACACACACUCACACACUCACACACACACUCACACAUUCUCACUCACACACUCACACACACACUCUCACUCACACUCUCACACACACACUCACACACUCUCACUCACACACUCACACACACUCUCACACACACUCUCACACACACACUCACACACUCACACACUCACACACACACUCACACAUUCUCACUCACACACUCACACACACACUCACACACUCUCACACACUCACACACUCUCACACACACACUCUCACUCACACACACUCACACACCCUCUCACACACACUCUCACUCACACACACUCACACACUCUCACUCACACACUCUCACUCUCACACACACACUCUCACACACACACUCUCACACACACUCACUCACACACUGUCACACACACACUCUGACUCACUCACACACUCUCACUCACACUCUCUCACUCUCACACACACACUCUCACACACACACUCUCACUCACACACUCUCACUCACACACUCUCACACACACUCUCACACACACACAUAUACCAACCGGAUCAUUAGACACAGCAUUCCUUGCUUUUAAAUACACAGCAGGGGAUAGGCGGAGAGGGAGUGGGUCUUAUAAUCUGGAAAAUACGUAACAUGUAAUUUUGUAUUACACAGUAUUUUAUGAUAUCCAUCACUGGCACAACGGCUUGUGUGAUGAUGGUGAUGAUGAUGAUGGUGAUGAUGGUGAUGAUGGUGAUGAUGAUGAUGGUGAUGAUGGUGAUGAUGGUGAUGAUGGUGAUGAUGAUGUACGUAUGUGUGGUGAACUUCUUUCGCACCGUACGCAGCCCACCGUGCUAAUCGGAGGCAGGAGUGCGCACCACGGCAGGGAGGAUAGGUCGCCAGGAUCCACGCAGACUUUCAAUGGCUCCAUUUGUGACUUUCACAAAUUCGCUCGAUCCAAAAUUGUGUACAGUGUUUCCUCGCCUCACGCGAGCAGAUUUAGCAUAUUGUUGUAUAAACUUCGUUGAAUAAAUAAUCACAUUUUGUUUUGUCCCGCCAGCCUAUUUUUUUAAAUUUGGUUCGCUGUCGAUCCACCUCUGGACGAGGGCCUCUUUCCACGCCGUGUCGCUCCUGGGAGGUGAUUUGAUAAUGUCGGUGACCAUACUUCACCACGCAGGCGAAUGCGGCUGUCAUCCCAGUCUGGAAGAACUCUCCGUCUGGCUCCUCACUCCACUCACAGCUCACAGCUCAGGUCGCGUGCUCGCCACACAGACAGCCGCUGUCCCCCCCCCCCCGUGAGUGAUUCUGAAGCUGGGGAGACACGUGGGGAGACACGUGGGGUGGCACUGGGAACUCGGUGCGGUGAGCGUGGUGGGGUUCGUCCAGAUUUCACGCGGAUUUUCUCCCGAUUUGUUUUAAAAUCCAGAUUUCUCUGCAGUAGCUGUCAAUCUUCUCCCCAUUGCUUUGGGGCGAGCUUGUCACGUGCACCCUGUUGGCUUUCACUGAACAACGCAGACAUCACGAGCCCAAGCGCCGAAACGAAGAACGGCAGAAUCAAUCUACCGCUAUGAAAUGUUUCGAAUGUUUCUAAAACACACGUGGUGGUGGGUGUCCAUUUUUUUUUUGGAGAAAAAAAAACGAUCGUCAAACCAUUCUUGUUGUAUCGCUGUACUUUGUGGAAGUCUACAAAAGUUUGGGAUCACUCCAGCCAGUGAUGGGUUCUGGCCCACUGGGAGGCCCCAUUCCUCCCCCUCCCCCCCGCCCCACCUCGAUAUGUAAACUCACAGCGGGACGACAAGAGGUGUAAACGAGAGACGUGGCGAGGUGAGAGAGGUUCGACACAGACGUAGAUUAGCCUGAGAUGUUAGUGGCAUGGGAAACGCUGGUAUAACGCGUGUGGAGUCAGACUUCAGGGAGACAACGUGGGAUGAUGAGAGAGUUUCGACAUCUUGUUGUAGCUGUUAGGAUUUAAAUAUGAGCUGGUAUAUUAAGUUAACUCAUGUAUAUUUUUGUUAUACAUCUGCGGGUAACCCCCACCUUUACCAACUUGGGGGGGCGCUCUGCUUUUGCUUGGUGUUUUGUAAGCCAGCAUUCACGGCCAGCAGAUAAGCCUAACACACAUGUAACAUACAUGUGUAUGUCAUUGCUUUUACAGACUAGAACGGUACCGGUUCAUGCUGUACGACGGUUCAACUAUAAAUCAUCUGUGCGUCGUGAGUCCAAAAAUAAAAUCGUAGACAUUGUUUUCGCGAAUUUGAUAAAUGUAUUUGUUUUAAUAGAAAAAAAACCCAUCCGAGUGCAUCAUUUAAGUAGCCUUAGUGGAACCAGUAUAUAAAUAUAUAUUUUCUGCUGCAAAUAAAAAAAAACACAAAAAAAAUAAAGCAACCCCUUUGCCUGUUUCAGCUGUCCUACUGUGGUUAGCCCGUUCGCCGCUGUUGUAUCCGUGUAUAUAGUCUGUGUAAGAUGUUGAUUGAAUAAAGAUUGUCAUCUAUA